GAUGCAUACUCACGCCGCAAGGGAGAGCGACGGAAGCAGACCACUAUUGUUGGUCAUCUUCUAAACUCUCUCUCUCUCUCUCUCUCUCUCAUAUUCCUCUUUUGCAUCUCUAAAUACAGUAGUGAGUGUUUGGGUUUUUAUUUUCUUCAUUGGUCCGUCAUUCUCAUUGAUGGUAAGGCUUUCGUUGCAAAUCCUUGUCCUCCUCGAAUGGUUGCUGAUUCCCUUCUUCCGACCAUAUCAAUUUGGGAUUUUUAUUCAAUUUAUGGUUAAUGGAUUGCUACUGAUUUCGAUUUGGCAGCAAAUUCGUCGUCAUAGGUGUCUUGCAUUCGCUCCCAGCACACCUCCAUCCCCUUUCAGUGUCUAAAUUCUGAAUAGAGCAGAGUAAUAAGGUGUCCCAUGUUUGCUAUACCAUUUUUGCCGCCAUCUCGAUGAAAUUUAGGAGUUUGAAUAGAAGACCUUGGACGAAAUCCAGAGAUGCGAGAAGAAAUACAGGAACUGACUAUAUAUGUGGGCGUAAGAGCGACUCCAUUUAUGGCGUGGGGAAGCGGACGACCCUCUUUUUCUUCACAUCCCAAUCUUCGAGUGUUUCAGUUUCCAAGAUAGCCAUUGCCAUUACCAUGGUCUUGUUCAGAGAAGAUCUGACCCGAGGCCUUUGGAGGAUAAAGAGUUCAUCAGAAGAGCCGAAGCUUGGUUUGUUAAGAUUGUGUGUACUGUUUUUGUCCGUUCAAACUCAUUGGAUAGGUUUUUGGGCUACUUUGGUAACUUCUUGACUCCUUCACUCGCUUUUGAGGUUAUUAAGAGGCUAAAGAAUCCAAAGUUGGGUUUGAGAUUCUUUGCGUUAAGUAGGGAAAGAUUGAAUAUUACUCAUUCCCGCUUGACCUAUAACUUGCUUUUGAGUUCUCUCUGUCGAGAUGGUCUCUACGAUUCUAUAAAAAUGGUGUAUGACUGUAUGAAGUUGGAAGGACACUUACCUGAGAGUUGGCUAUUAGGGUCUUUGGUGUCCUCUUACGCACUAGCAGACAGGUUUAAUGUUUCGAAGGAAUUGCUUGAUGAUUUUAAGUCCAGUAAGUUUGAAAUAAGUGCUGUUGUUUAUAAUGAUUUGUUCAACGUCUUGGUAAAACAGAAAAAAGUAGACGAUGCCAUCAUCUUAUUUAGGGAGCAUGUGGGAUCACAUUUUCGUCCAGAAACAUGCACCUUCAAUAUUUUAAUGCGAGGUCUGUGCACAGCAGGAGAAACUGAUGAAGCCAUAAAGUUGCUCAAUGACAUGAGCAAUUGUGGUUGUUCCCCUGAUAUAGUUACAUUUAACACUCUUAUACAUGGUUUUUGUAGAAUUAAUGAGGUCGGUAGAGCAAAGAGUCUACUAAAACAAGUUUAUUUAAAAGGUCAGUUUGCCCCUGAUGUUGUUAGUUACACAACAAUAAUAUCUGGUUAUAGCAAGUUGACUAAGAUGGAAGAGGCUGCUAGCCUUUAUGAUGAAAUGAUUAGAUCUGGAGUUAAACCUAAUGAAGUCACUUUUAAUGCUCUUAUUGAUGGCUUUGGCAAGGCUGGUGACAUGAAAUCUGCACUAUCCAUGCAUGAAAUGAUGCUCUUUCAUGGCUUUGCUCCUGAUGUUGUCACUUAUACUUCCCUGAUUGAUGGAUACUGUCGAAUUGGACAGGUGAAACAUGGCUUAGACUUAUGGCAUGAAAUGAAUGCCAAAAAUAUCCUCCCAAAUUUGUACACUUUCUCUGUUCUUAUCAGUGCUUUGUGCAAGAACAACAGAUUGCAUGAAGCUCGUGAAUUUUUAAGAUUAUUGAAGCAGAGGGAUGUUGUUCCAAAACCAUUCAUUUAUAAUCCUGUCAUUGAUGGAUAUUGCAAAUCUGGGAAUGUUGAUGAAGCUAAUGCAAUUGUAGCAGAAAUGGAGCAGAAAAGGUGCAAACAUGAUAAGGCGACGUUUACUAUUCUCAUUAUUGGGCAUUGUAUGAAAGGAAGAAUGCUUGAAGCAAUUGAUAUCUUUCAUAAGAUGUUGGCAGUUGGUUGUGCUCCUGAUGAUAUCACUGUAAAUUCUUUGAGAUCCUGUCUUUUGAAGGCUGGAAUGCCUGGGGAGGCUGCCCACAUUAAGCAAACUCUUGUUGAGAACCAGACAUCUAAAUCAUUGAAAAUGUCUUACCAUCCACUGACAAAUGCAGAUAUGCCAAUUGUAAGAGGCCCUUCAUGGAUCAAGGUUCCAAUUGGAUGAGUCAUACAAGUUAGGAGAUUUAUAGCUGCAUGGCUGCCGAGCAAUUUGUUUCCAUGAUACGUCAAAAACUUUGAUUUUUAGCACCCUUUUGACCUCAGAUUUUAUUGUUGCGCAGCUGGGAUUCAUUUCUUCCAAGUGAAGAAAAAGAAAGAAUUGGAUGAAAAGUAAUCCAAUUUGACUAAUACCCUCGGGCAUGUAAUGAAUCUACUCAUUUUUACAAGGAACAAUGCUACCUCUACAUGAUAAUACCUCCUACUGCCAGUUGACCGAACAAAGUUUAAAGGAAACAGCAUAGCACGUAGCAAAUCACAUCCAGAGUUGCUGCAACGGGUGUAAGAAGAAGCAUUCAAUUGAAAAGGAAACAAAUCAAGAGGGAGAUAUAUGAGAAAUGAAAGAAAGAAACAGCACCAUCGAGAUUAGAGAGAACAGGAGGCAUCACAAUGGCCUAUGAACACAAGGAACCUCUAUUGUUCUUCUAUCAAGUAGAUCCAUGGGAUUGUAUAGGGAUGCGUACAAGUUUUGAGCUUCUGUUAUGUCACUGAAUUCCAAUGCAACUUUGAACAAUCCUAAGUAAUGUUGGUGAUAAGAUCCUCACACAAAGCUUAUCUCUUUGAAAGUCUUGCGCAAAUAGUUGGAGAGGUCAAUUAAAUAUUAGUGAAAAUAUCAAAGAAGGAUUGCAAUGCAGAGAUUCCAAUGCUGGAAUUUAGUUAUAGAUAAAUGUUGAAAGGAUUCCAGUGCUGUUCUGCAUUAUUCUAAUAUUUUCAAUCCAAAUUUCUUAUAUUGACAAAAGUUAAUGUAUAUGAGACAUUCAGGAGUAGAUUAAAAAAAGGGGAAGAGGAUAUAUUUAUUUUAAUUUUUGAAGUAGAAAUUUGUUAUCAUCAAAGUGAAAUGUCCAGAAAACUUCUUGAUGCAACACAAGUAAGCUACAUGAUUGUUAAGAAUUGCUAUUCUUUUUCGUCUGUGUAAGAUUUGUGUCAUGGUGACAUGGGUUAUGUUGUUAAUUGAUGGCCUCUCUUUUGUAAGAAAUGCAUUGCACAGCAUCCUGUCCUAUCCAAUCCAUUUGACAAUGUUAACUGUUUGU